AAAUUUGUAAAAUAUGCGCACCGGAUAAAUAGAGUGAGCAGUGUAGCUUGGUAUUAGGUGCCCUCUACCAGACGAUCAAAAAGUACAAGUGAAUGGCGAAUGCUCAUUCACGAAUAAGUGGGACGCGUACUAGUCAUCCAACAUCGGUCUUUACGCCAGCCGGCAUCUUUUCGUUGCGAAAUGUAAAUUCCUUUCGUACGCAAUUCCUUUUGCAAGAUCAAUAAUUGACAAGAAAUGAUUUUCGUGAGUGUACGAUUAAUAUAAAUAUAUAAUUUUUCGCGCGCGCCCAAGUGCCAAACUAUUAAUUAUAAAACAAUUAAGAUAAAGUACACGCCUUAGAGAAUACUGGAUCGUAUAUAAAUAUCUUUUGAUUCAUUACUGAGUGAAAUCGAGGAAAUAAAACUGUGAAGAUGGAUGAGGAGACUAUGUGGAAAGGCUUUUAUCAUAAGAUCGUAGAAGAGAAAUUGGAGAAGGAAAAACAACUAGAGAAAUCGGAACACGAGAUAAGGACUAAGAAAAGGAAAAUGGCGCACUUUGAUAAACUGGACGAGAAACACCCAUAUUACGCGAUCGCCGCUAUUCGCAUGUCGCAAAAAGCAGAAAAAAAAGAGAUGACUGCCGCGAGAGUCUAUUGGAAAUUUGCAGCGUUCAACUUUAUUAAUAAAAGAAUACAAGAAUCAGAUGGCGGCUUUUUCGAAAAUCUGGGCACGCUGCUCGCAGAAAAAGCUCGCGCUCAAGAACAAGUGGAAGGUCCACUUCCGAAAAAGAAGGAUGAAACGCAAGAGGAAGAAGAAGAAGACAUCUUGAGUGAGGAAGGAAGCAUUGAGCCAACGGAGGCUCUGCUGGAAACCGACAGUGACAGAGAUGAAAAUGAACAUGCUCGAAAUUUCGUAGCCGAAUCGAUGGGCUUAAAUAUUGAGGAACUUUACGCUGCUCUUGUGUAUAUGACUCAACAUCAAAUUGGCUUUGAUGUUUCCAAAGAAUGUAGCGAAGAAACUCUUUUAAACCAUUUGCAAAAUGCUUUCAAAAUCGAUAACGAGACGCACGAAAGAGUGUUGGAACAAACGCGAAAUCUAGAGCCACCAGAAUUGCAUCUCAACGUUGAAGUCAUCGAAGCCAAAGAAUUAGUUUCCAAAGAUUCCAAUGGCAAAAGCGAUCCUUUCUGUGCCCUUUAUCUCGAAUCGGCACCCACUAGAAGAUAUAAUACUGCCGUGAAAACCUGCACACUUAGUCCAAUUUGGGAGGAACAUUUUGAAUUGUAA